AUGGAGGUGGAGCAGGUAAACAGCUCUAUAAAGAGAUGCACUCUGAAGGCUCGAGUCCACAUUUUCCUGCCAACCCUCCUGUCAGACUUUGAAGCCGUCAACAAGUCAUCAACUACUGGCGUCAUGGCACACUUCAUCCAUCUAGAACUGCUGCUGGGUAUGUUCUGUUUACUGACCCUCACACCCGUCCAUAAGGGGAGACAAAGUGAAGAGUCUGAGGAGAGCUCUGAGGCCCAACCAAGUUUUGGGUCCACAGAGGUCAUGAAAACCACGGUCCAGCAAAAAGGUGUCCACUUCUACAGUGACCACAAAAGCUGGAUUGAUGCCCGGAAGCACUGCCAAAAUAACAGUUCCUCACUGGUUAAAAUCCAUGAUCAGGCCACGCAGGAUGAAGUGAAACGUCUUCUGGAAGAAAACAUUGAAAACAUGGAGGAUGGGGCUUGGAUCGGUCUGGAGCGGUUCAUCUUUGGCUGCAACCCAGACUGGAUGUGGACUUCAGAUGGGUCAAAAGUUGGUGAAUUCAAACAGUGGCAUGACACCCAUCCUGUUGACAAAUAUAACAAUCACUGUGGAAAGAUCAUCAGCGUUAAAAAGCCAGAACAGAUUUUCACGUGGCUAGAUGCUAACUGCCAAGAUAAACUGCCCUUCAUCUGCCAAGAUCCCACAUAAAAAGCUGCAUGCUGCAGUGGAAACUACAAGGGCCAACCAACUGAUCCUUUCAAUAAUAUUCAACAAAUACUCAGCUUUGCUUUGUUUAUUACUGUCUUUUAUUUCUCAAGACUUCUUUUUCUCCUAAACCAAGUGUUGUAAGCAGUUAAUAUAAUGAAUGUUUAUUCAUCCUGUACAACAGGGGUGUCAGACUUAGUCACAGCAGGGGCCGGAUUCUGGAUUCAGGACUAACCUGAGGGCCUAACAGGGUCACCUUUUUAACCAGAAACCGUCAACCUUGCUUCACCGAUAAUGAAACAUGAAAAAGAAAAACUUAGCACUUAUAAUAAAUGAUUUGGACAUUUAAAAAGUUAAAAAGAUAAGUUUAAAGGCUCACAAUCUGAGAAAAG